AUAUAAACAGGUAUCUACAUGCGUUGUUAACGUGGCCACUGGUGUGAUAGUUUUUACCUGAGUUUACCUUCAUACUCAUGUGUGUUUGAUAUAAACGAGGGUAGUCUUUUCUGACAGUUAAAUAUGUCCCAUCGUUACGUUCCUGGAAAGGUCGAAGGCGAAGUUACUGCCCAAAGGACACCUUGUCUUUUCUGGUGAAACAUAUGAUUACAAUAACGAAGAAAAAUGUAAAAUUAGAGGAAUAGAUUGAGAAACAAAGUAAAAGCUGUUUUCACGGAAAUUAAUGAAAAUAAUUCAAGGGUAAAAUGAAUUUGCUAAAGAAACGAAACGAAUGUAAUUGGUACCACUGAAGAACAAGAUGCGAACGAAAACGACACCAGUGGAAAAAAAACUGCUGCAGAAAUUGAAAGCAAAAUUAAAAAAAAAAAAACGCAAAUGGAAGAAAGUGAUCUGGAAAAUAAAAAUGUUGCCAGAAACUAAGAAUAUAUAGUAUCGAAGUCAACAACUGCAGAAAUAAUAAAGAAUAGUACUGGAAAAGAAGAAACGAUGUUGUUAUGCUGAAGAAAAUAUAUGAAGCAAAUUGUCUCAUUAAGAGUUAGUCAGCAGACCGAGAUUUCAAGUGGGAGAAUAGAUGUCCUUUAUACUAGACUCUAGGACACAAAGUAUCAUUACCUUGUCUAAUUUAAUGAAAACUUUUAAUUCAUGCAUGGCAAAGGGCGACAACCAUCAGUUUAGAAACGAAGUUUUAAUAAUACUAGUAAUGAAUUCUAUUGUUACAACAAAAGGUCUUGUCAUAUUGGAAUUAGAUUCCAAACCUGCUAUAUUUGGGACAAAUUUUAGGUUGAAGUGUAUCAUAUCUGAGGUUUCUUGCUGCAGUACAUUUACAAGAAAAUGGACGAAGGGAGAUAACUACCACCUGAUUGUUAUAAAUAGUCUAUCAAGCAAUACAUCGAAAUAUAAGGAAGAUUUGAAUGUUGCCACGAAGACUUCAAUUCUGACAAUAAGGAAUUUAACAAAAGAAGACGUAAACAUACCAUAUGAGUGUACAUACGGCUUUGAUACAGAUAGCAAGUUACUAAGUCUGAAUUCGACAGACUUUGAAUAUCAUCCUACAGAAGAUGUUCCAGUCAAACUACACAUUAGCAGAAACCAAAUAGCAACGGCCAAUGUAAGCUUCAACAAGGUUUAUCCAAUUCCAGUGUGUUUUGCGACUGAUGAUGGUUCCAACGUCUCACACCACUUAUCAGUUGAAAAUGAAAGAACUGGGCUAUUUUACCGAUCAAAUCUGCAGUUUCAGUACCAACUGGUAGACAACUGUUAUCAAAACAUUUCAAUCAUCUGCACAGUUGGCACAACACAUUUGACUGUGGUUAACAGCACUCUACCUUGUUCAUCAAAAUUAGAACAACGAAUGAUAGAAGUGGUUGCAAUCAUAAUAUCAGCCAGCUGGAUACCAAUGGGUAUCGUAGCGCUUAUACUGCUACUUUGUCUACAACGAAAAUGUACGUAAAAGAUGGAUAACACAUUCCAAAUACUGUUGAAUUCUGAAAUGCUUAAUCUUAUUAGAAUUCAGCCUUUAUGGGCUUACUUUAUUAGGGGACUUCGAUUGGGUUGUGAUUUUGAAUUCUGCACACCUUGCAGGUGCAAUCAACCCAAAUAUUUUACUUGACUAUGAUUGACACUUUUCUAGGCGUAGGUGAUAAUAACUUGCCGUUAUGAAAAAGCCGAAAGUGCCGAAGGCGUGUAUUCAAUGAGUAACUACAAGUAAAUAAAACAAAAAUCAGGGUGGUGCUCACAGCAAAACUUUAGACAAUCCAAAGAGAUCGCCGGUUCAAAACCAAAUAGCCCAAACCGUCUAGAUCUAAUAAUAGCGCAAACUUGUUUAAACAAGCCAAAUUCUAUAUGUGAAUAAGAAAAUAUCUGUACCAAGUAAGAAAUAUGACAGUUGUUGUCCAUUCGAUUGAUGUGUUUGAGCUUUUGAUUUUAUCCAUUUGAUUGGGGACUUUCCGUUUUGAAUUUUCCUCGGAAUUCGGUAAUUGUUGUGAUUUUUCUUUUUCUCAAGUCCGGGCCUGUUAUUGAAUGUUUGCCGUUCUUUGCAGUUUGACAUAUUUGCUUUUUCGUUAAUUGUGUUGUAUAGUUUGUUAUUAUGUUGUUCUAUUACACCACUUUCCCAGGUAAGUGCAGGCUUGACAUCUUCAAGCUAAUAGUAGUUUUACACCGCUACAUUUUGGUAUGUGUCUGUCCCAAGUCAAGAACAUGUA